AUGGGACCCCCACAUCCGCACUCCACGCGCCAUACCAGCACCCGCCUCAGCUGCAGCUCCUCCACCGCCUCACACCGCACUCCUCGCGGCAAGGAACACCAGUUCAUAUACACGAACGGCUCCAAGCUUCACGCUUACGACAGAGACAAGGCGCCCUACCCGUCCUCCUUCGACCGCGACGUCCUCGAGCUACAAUGCCUGGACAACGCUAUGAUCGUCGCGUCCAAGGGCUUCGCGUCCUUCAUUGACUUCAAGGAUAAGCCGCCGAAACGGUGUCUCGACAUCGGCACGGGCCUCGGCCUCUGGGUGCUCUCAUCGGCGAGAACAUGGCCGGAGUCCACGUUUGUCGGGCUGGACAUGGUCAAUAUUCAGCCACCACUGCAAGUGCUUGAGCCUGAGACGGCCGAUCGCGUAGAAUGGGUGCAUACAAACAUCCUGAGGAACAAGUUGCCGUUCGACGACGACGAGUUCGACCAUGUGCACAUGCAAUGCGUGGCCCUUGGCAUCCCCGAAAAUAAGUGGCACAGUGUCUUCGAAGAGAUUCGUAGGGUCAUGAAGCCGGGGGCCACUAUAGAGUUACUGGAAGAAGAUGCGAUAUUCCCCAUCCUGCCACGAUGGUACACAAACCCGCUCCGCGCGCAUGCGCGUGGCCCGUCGACCAUAUACCCCGGCGCUGCCCAACAGCCGUCAUCAUACCCCUCAUCGUUUGAUACCUCGGAGCUCGCACACGAGCACGAGCUCCUGGAGACCCUCUACCACGACGUCUGGUCCAAUAGAUUCAUCAAUCCCACGCCCAGCUCAUGUAUUCCAGGCUACUUCGGCGCCUUCUUCGACCGGGUACUAGCCCCGCCCGUUCUGAACUUCUUCACCCCGCCCCUCGCACCAUUCGCACCUUUACCCGGAGUCGUUAAUGGCGGCUCAACCCACACACUCCUUCGCGCAAGCAGCAGCAACGGCUCGUCCGACUUCUCGCGCGAAAGCAUGUCCAGCCUGCUGACCCCACUGAACACGGAGAACAUGCCCGACCCGUCGCUCACGCACUCGCCCACCUCCACGCAGCCGACGUCCGCGGGGAGCGCGAAGAGCUCGCUCUCGCCCGCACCCUCGCUGAGUUCGCUCCGCCAAGAACAACGCACGAACGCCCCCACGCCCAACACCGAACACAGCAACGGCAGCACGACAAACGGGCGUGCGCCGCCCGUGCGGCGUGACUCCGGUGCGGGCUCGAUACAGACGACGGACUCGCACGACUCCGGAUCCGCAGGUACGGGCUCAGGCUCGGGCGCGAAGGUGGGCCGGCGGCCGUCGGUGCUGCUGUCGUCCGCGGCGGAGAGCACGUCGCUCGGGGGCGCGCACGCGAUCGACCUCAUCCCCACAGACAGCCUCGAGGACCAGGAGGAGCAAUCGCGCUUCAUGCACCUGUACCGCGCGGUCACGUUCGUGCUGUCGACGAAGGAGGCGAUGUGGGAGGAGCUCGCCGCGCGCGUAGCUGCGCGAGAUCCCGAGUUGCAGAGGUUUGGGUGGCGGGAGGAGGACUACACGCCGCAUGCGAGCAGGGCGCGGUUCGAGACCGCCGUGGACCAGUACCAGAGCGACAUGCGCGGCCGAAUAUCGCUCUGGCACUCGCUCGUGAAGAACGGGUGGGAGCUCCCGCCACGCGACCCACUCGGGAAGACGGAGAUCGUAGAGGAGAUGCGCCUGCGCGAGGACAUCCUCGCGGCGCAGCGCCUUGCGCUCGCGGACACGAGCGAGCCGGACGUGCCCUGCCGGAAGGUGCGCCUCAUCGUCGGGAUCAAGGACUCUAAUUCGUGACAUGGGACUUGGAACUCGGGGGCGCAUGGGUUGUGCUGUAUGCUAUAUGGACACGGACUCGACUCGACCGGGCGGCGCGCGGCGUAGCUAUGCACAUAUGGCGGAAAUCAAUUAUUCAUAUGUAUACCAGACAUCGUACACGACCACAUAGACU